AUGUCUGGACCGGGGAAACAAGGAGGAAAGAGACAUGGGCUUUGUCCAAGCCCCAAUAAUCCAAAGCUGAUCUGCAGUUCUUUGUUGGCUGUGUUCUCCAUCUGCUCAGGAAGGGUAAAUAUACAGAGUCGGGCUGGAGCUCCAAUCUGUCUGCCCGCCGUCCUUGAGUAUCUAAUGGCUGAAAUCUUCAACCUGGCCACCAAUGCCACCUUUGACAAAAAAAACAGCAUCCCUUAA